GGCCAGCUCUGGCCUCUGGGGUGAGCGAAAACGUCGUAUCAUAGUUGACAGGUGCGAAGUGCGAAUGCGAACCCUCGGCGUGAUGCGCCUAAUUAAUUGGAUUGGGUUCGCCAGCGGGGUGUGAUCAGUGGAGCAUGAUGGAAUCCUUUCAAAGUACAAGAGCAGACUAUCGGAGCUGGGUAAUAUGAGCACCAUCGCCAGUUGAAAGGACACGCACGACGGUAGUGUGAUUUCACAUUUUAUGCUGUCACUGCCGUGAUAGACAAAAUGAUCGCUCACAGAAGGAAGCUGUCUGAGCUCCAGGACAAACAGGACGACGAAAACGGUGACAAGUAUUUCAUCGAGCAAAACGCCCAGGACGUCGUAGAUUUUUCUUCCCAGUAUGGAAGCGUUGACAGUAUUUCAUAUACAGCUCAUAAUUUAACUGGGCCAAGCAGAGUCUUCCCGGCGUAUGGGGAUCAUGCCGAAGCUUAUAGCAUGAGAACGUAUGGAAAGUGGUGGGAUCAAGCUCCUUCUGGAAGGAAAGAGAUCCAGGGUCUUAACUGCAACCCAGUGCGCAGUCAAGAUUUUGUUGAUGUUUCAUUUGAACACAAAGUAUAUCCUUCGAAAAUUACUUUGUAUGAAGUCUACAACCCCGGAGCGCUUGUCAGAAUUUGGGCAAAAGACCUGCAUUCAAAAUGGACUCUUCUCUAUGAAGUCGAUGUUCUCGAAACUCCACCACCAGCAGCUCGAAAAUUUUCCCCACCAUUGAACGAAUGCCCUUUUCAAACCAGUUUCAUAAGGCUUGAAUUUAACCACGAGCACUUGGAGUCUUACUAUGAAAUUGAGAGCAUAGUUCUUGAAGGCUACACACGUCAAGUAGCAAACCAAAAGGUUAAUCCAUUUGCAAGGAAGCCGAUCGGCGAUAUCACCAGAAAAGUGCUUAAUUUGGACCUAGCCCAACUUUUGUCGUCAAGUGAAUAUUCCUCCAACACUAGUAGUGUUACAAACAGCUCAUCUGAGGAGGAUGAAGAUCAAGAACUAAAUGCUUUUGAAACUUUGCCAUAUGAGGUGGUGAUUAAAAUAUUCAGCUAUUUGGACUUGAAAUCGCUUUGUCGUUGCUGCAUUGUCAGCAAGAGGUUUGAAUCUGUUGCAAAGGACCUGACACUUUAUUCUGCAGUGAAUUUGAAAAGUCACUGGAAUUUGGUAAAUGAGUCAGCCUUGCGAUGCCUGGCGCUUCGAUGUACCCGGCUGCAGGCGUUGGACUUGUCUUGGUGCAAUAGCAAAAGCAACUUUGAAAUGGCUUUUAUCAAACUUAUCUCCCAUUGCGGAGUGACAUUAAAAAUUUUGAGACUGAACUCGUGCAAAUUCAUCACUUCACACUGCUUGGCUGAAAUCGCUGACACUUGCUACCAACUCGAGGAGCUGAGCUUGCGAAAAAUUCUUCCACCGUACAAGAGCCUGACGGGUUGGCAUGUACUCUCCGAACUGACCGCUUUGAAAUAUCUGGACUUAUAUCAUGUACCAAUUAACACUCAAGAACUGAUGUCGUUUUUGCCAAGCUUGACAAAAUUGGAGCACUUGAAUCUUGGAUCCUGCGCUGCCUCUCGCUUGACUCAGUUGAAUAUGGAUAUUGUAGCAGAGAGUUUGGCGAAAAACAACAGGAACCUGCGUUCGAUUGAUAUGUGGAGGUCUCACUUGAGCAUCACAUCCAUAGGUAUAAAAUACCUAUCGAGGUGCAACAAACUCGAAGAAGUGGAUUUGGGCUGGGCGGAGAUAGAAACUUUGGGUGAUUGCAUUCAGGAGUUAGCAAAACACUGUCCAAAACUGAAGAAAAUAUUCGUUCCUGCAAUGAGGGGAUUGACUGACCGUGACAUCAACGCUCUGAUCAACAACUGCCCUCUGCUUGAGCAAGUUGACGUUCUAGGAAUCAGAAAUAUUUCCCCUGAAAUAUGCUUCAGACUGUUGACCCAGUGCCACAAUAUGCGGCUAUUUGAUGUUAGCUACUGUGAUAAAAUUACUAGAGCACACGUCGCCCUGUGGAGAGUUCAGUUCCCGCACGUCAGCAUUAAACAGUGUACUUAUUCCAGGCCAGAUUCUAUUGAGAAUUUCAUCUGAUGUAGGAUCUCAUUAUGCACUUGACAUUGAUAACCAUUCCAAAGAAAUUAUCAAUGUGUGUGAGUGCUGAUUUGAAGCAGGGUUUAUUUUUAUAUUGGAACAAAUUUUAGGGAAAAAACUUAGUUUUGCUCCAUGCUGUUUUUCUAACAAUUUUAUUUAUACGUUAAGUGUCAUAAAACGAUAUUCUCUUGUCUGAAUUUACUAGAUUAGAUCUUACUCAUUGUCAGCAAUUUCACACCCAUCGUGAUAUCAAUACAAUAUUGUGUACCUGUUUCCAUUUUUCAAUUAGAAAAAUAUAUUAAUCACUGGUCUAAAUAAGGUUGUAAUAAAUGACUAGAUUUAAACUUUGGAA